CACACACACACAGACAGAGGUACACACCUAUAGGUUUGGUUGGCCUGGCCUACCUGACUGGCUGGGCAGGUCUGUGCCCACACCCGAAUCUGCUCGCUGGAGGAGAGAGCUGUCAGUGAACACCUCCCCUGAACGUGUGUGUGUGUGUUUACAGAGCUCACAAUCAGUCAGCCAAAAUCCCCAGCACUGCUCAGUGCACCUGCCACCAUACUGCAGCUAAACUGACAUUAAUAAGGUGUCUUUCGAGGCAGUUUUUAGACCUUUUUGACUAGAGGGCCACUAACAAUGUCCAAAGAGGGGGACAGACAAUCAGUUUUGCGGACCACAAAGGUUCGCACCGCUCUAAAAGGAGACAGCAGCUGGAUACAGAGACAACAGCAAGAAAAUCUUGAGAAAGAUGAGGAGGAGAAACCAUGGGUUGCCGAAGUGCGAGCAAACCGUUCAAAUGGUGUGUUUGAAGAAACAAGUCCUGUUUCCUCACCCACAACCAAUGUGCCUCAGCCCAGAUCCGACACAGAGAAACCAAAAACAUCUGAAUCUGGAUACUUAAUCAGAGGGGUAUUCAAGAAAACCAAUUCCAAGCCAACAUCAAAUUCAUCCACCAAUGGAUAUGCUGGAAUAAAUAGCUUCAACAAAAAGCCAUCUGAGAGUUACAAGAAAAUAGCCCCCCACACAAUACGGUCCAGCAAUGAAAAGACAGUGCAGUCUGAACCAACUCUGAGUCCAGAGGAAAUGGAAAAGAGGACAGAGGCAGCCAGCAGUGUGCUGAAGGGAUCGGCAGCAUAUCGCCGUUCAUACGUAAUGUCAGCUGCAAAGAAAUAUGAAUCUUCAGAGAAGCCUGACAGCUCUGCUGAGAUGGGCAUUUCCUUUGUUGCAAAAAGGGUAGAUAUCAGUGAUGAUGAUGACACUACAGCAUCUGUCAAGUCUGUGCCUGUGCAAAGUGUCAAAUCAAACACUGAGCCAGUGGUGAAGGAGGUCAAGCCAGCAGCACCUGAAAUUAAAUCUGAACCUAAGCCAGUGACUGAAACGAAACCUACAACACAAACUAAAAUAACAACUGAAGCUAUCGCCACAUCAGAAUCUAAAACAGCGCUAGAAAAUACAACACAGCCUAAAACAGCAUCUGAGCCUAAACCAGCAACUGAAACUACAACAGUGGCUGAAACCAAGCCUACAGCACAAACUAAAACAGUAACUGAACUUAAAACUGAACCUAAACCUACAACACAAACUACAACAGCAACUGAUCCUAAACCCACAUCAGAACCUAAAGCGGUUGAAACUAAACCUACAACAAAAAUUGAACCUAAACCAGCAAUUGAAACUAAAACAGAAACUAAACCUGCAACACAAACUACAACAGCAACUGAACCUAAACCCACACCAGAGCCUAAACCAGCUGAAACUAAACCUACAGCAACUGAUCCUAAACCCACAUCAGAGCCUAAACCAGCUGAAACUAAACCUACAACAAAAAUUGAACCUAAACCAGCAACUGAAACUAAAACAGAAACUAAAUCUACAACACAGACUAUAACAGCAACUGAUUCUAAACCCACAUCAGAGCUUAACCCAGCUGAAACUAAAUCUACAGCAACUGAACCUAAACCAGCAAUUGAAACUAAAACAGUAACUGAACCUAAACCCACACCAGAGCCUAAACCAGCUGAAACUAAACCUACAACAAAAAUUGAACCUAAACCAGCAACUGAAACUAAAACAGAAACUAAAUCUACAACACAGACUAUAACAGCAACUGAUUCUAAACCCACAUCAGAGCUUAACCCGGCUGAAACUAAACCUACAGCAACUGAACCUAAACCAGCAAUUGAAACUAAAACAGUAACUGGACCUAAACCCACACCAGAGCCUAAACCAGCUGAAACUAAACCUACAACAAAAAUUGAACCUAAACCAGCAAUUGAAACUAAAACAGUAACUGACACUAAAACAGAAACUAAACCUACAACACAAACUACAACAGCAACUGAAUCUAAGCUAGAGGUGGAAACUAAAUCUACAACAAAGACCACAAUAGCAAGUGAUCCUAAACCCACAUCAGAGCCUAAAGCAGUUGAACUUAAACCUACAAAAACAGCUGAACCUAAACCAGCAGCUGAAACUAAACCUACAACACAAACUACAACAGCCACCGAUCCUAAACCCACAUCAGAACCUAAACCAGUGACUGAAACUAAACCAGAACCUGAAGCUAAAUCUGCAACUCAGCUGAAACCAGCACCUGAAUCCAAGCCUGAACCAGUUCCAGAGAAAAGCCUGUCUGACACCCUGAUAUCCUUCAGCACAGAGCCUGCCAGUUCUGGCCAAGCAGACUCAGGAGUAGAUCUUCUCAGUCAGGAUCUGCUGACAGACAACAGUCCGCUGCCUCAGACAAACAAGACACAUACAACUCUGGACCUGCUCGCAGAUGAUCUUAUUCCCUUCAGUCCUACUACCACCAGAACCAGCACUGACUACACCUACAGCCGGAAAACCCUGAUUAAAGAUUUUAAGAGUGUGCCACCAGACGUUUUGGUUUCCUUGGCUGAAGAUGUCAUUCCAAUUGAUACUAAGAGUGACUGGAAGACAGACAUGGACAGUUACAAAACCAGCAUCAAAACAGUGGAGAGUUCUGUCCAGGAGAACUUACCAGAAUCCGAAUCCAAGAAGAACUUUGUCUAUGUUAAGGAGUAUGUGAAUAACUCGCGUCUUGAUGGCAGCAGCUCUGACUAUGUGUCAUCAACAACCUCCAACUACAGCUACAGCAGCCCCAGCUACUCCUCCAGAGGAGAUAUGACUCCCUGUACAUACUGUGGAGAAAUGGUGGGAAAUGAUGCCAAAAUCACCAUUGAGCACCUGAACAUAUCCUGUCACCCGUCCUGCUUUAAGUGUGGUAUUUGCAGUAAACCAAUGGGAGAUUUACUCUACAACAUGUUUCUCCAUCGUGGGACGGUCCACUGUGAGAGCUGCUAUUCCAAUGUGCUAUAAGGAGAUCUGUUACACUGCCUGAAAUAUCCCUCAACAGUAUAGCUAACCUGCCUAUUUGAAUAGGAAUUAGACUCGUUACUGGCACGAAACACGUUCCUCUUUAUAUUUCCUCACUGAUCGUACCGCUGACAUACCUUCUGAAUAUCAUAAAAAGGUUUUCUUGUGCUAUGAAUGCUUGUUGCAGUGCAUCUAGGAUUUUUUUCUCCGAUUCUGUCCCUUUAAAUGUUUAGUGAAGACAAUAAGAAUGUAUAUCUCUGUUGUAUUUAAUCAUGAGAAACCAUUUUAAAGCAAUAUUUCUGUUUUAGUAGCACUGUUAUGAAAAUACGUAUCCUGCAUCGAUAUUCACAAUUAAAGCAAAAUUCUCAUUGAAUUCAAGUCGAAUUCUCCUUUUAUUGUUUUGUUACAAGUGAAUGUGCAAUAAAAAAUAUAAAUAUCGCAUAAGAAAUACUGAGGUACACAAACAUUUAAACAGGUCAAGACAUAAACAAGUCCCAGGAGUCUUAUAGGAGAAUCUCAUGAACCACUCAAGAA